CAAUAUUCCCUGUCCAGUGUUGACGUCGAGGAAUCCCUGCAGCAGAUACGACACAAUUUCUACUGCCGCAGUAGCCGUUUAAAUACCAGGCGGAGGAGACGAACCCUCUGUGUGACUUCCUCUUCGCUCACAUCCACUUAGCGACCAAGAGGAGCAGAUAUCUUGCAGCUUCCUCGUGUGCCCCCACGUCCCGCCCCUCCACCCCGCAAUCUGACGAGCCAGAGUCAGACGGCGACCAAUCGAAACUGGAUGCGCCCGAGACCCCCCGCUCGUCACUCUUCAGCCGUCCCACCAUAGAGGUCGCGGUUCGCAGCGCCGACGGCACCGAGUUCUACGUGCCCCGCCAGUUCCUCGUGGACGCCUCGCCCGUGCUGGAGGCCCUGUGCACCGCGGCCGCCCCAGCGCUGGCCGUGGACCUCCCGGAGGUGCGCGACGCGGUCGAGACGCUGCUCGUGCUCUGCCACCCGCACGCGCCCGAACCAGCCUUCCCCGAGUCCUUCGAUGCGUCGAAGCCCGCGCUGCUCCUCGGCUGGAAGUACGAGCUGCGGGGCGAGGCGCAGGCGCGCGCGAGGCGCGUGCUCGAGUACUGGCUGGCGGAGGCCCCGGUGGUGGUGUAUGUGUUUGCGGCGCAGCCUGAGGACGAGCGGCCGGAGCUGUUGGCGGAGGCGGCGCGGGCGUGCCUCCUCGAGGACUGGUCCUACCUGGCCCGCCGUAAAGCGCUGGACGCCAUCAGUACUCGCGUGUACCGCCGCCUCGUUGCUUACCGCGAGGCGUGCGUGGGCAAGAUGCGGCUGCUCGAGCGUCUGGGCCAUGGGCCGAAGAACGAGAAGAAGUGGGUCUGGCAAAGUUGCCAUUGUCUGUACAAAGAUCGCUGCAGCUCGGCCGCGGGGUGCAAGGCGGCGCUUGCUCGGGCGGAGUGGUUCGACAAGUUCUACGCGGGCGUGCUGCGCACGCUGCAGGCGACCCCGCACCCGGACGCUAUCAGAGGGGGCCGGUUCGAGGAUUCCCUGAAGAUGGCACUCCAGAUGGCAGCGCGGUGCCCGUCCACCCACCAGUACUUUUCGCCACGAUGCUCAGUAAAUGCAUCCCACGAUCUCCCGCGUUACCUCGAGGGCCUUGCGCAGAAGGUGGACGAGAUGAUUUCAGAGGUCACUUUCUGACGUCGACGCAUUCGGGCGGUCUAUCGGGAUGGUGCA